AAUUAAAGUCAUAAACGAGUCUAGAGUGGUGUUCUACUAUUCUCAUUAAAAUAUCUAAUUUUCUAAACCUUUUCUUUUGAAUCUUGGAAGGACUACCCACUCUUGACUCUCUCCUGUCUCCAUUACCAUUAAAUUACAGAACCAUAAAAUGCUUAACUAAUUGACACGUUUACUAAUAAUACGUUGAUCACAACAAUUAAUUACUAUAUUUACUUUUUCUAAUUAUAGAUUAACAAUGUGAAAAUAUGUAUGUGAAAUGAAAAAUGGCGUUAAAAGUGGUUGGUCGGAAUUAGGAAUAUUGAAAGACGUCAAAUACUACGGCGGCUCUCCAGAAUUUCGUAUAUGCAAGUCAAACAAAGUGAGUAUAACUCACUAGGUUGAAGGGAUCAUACUUGGCUGAAUUGAGGUUGAGUUGGUUGUGGGGGCUUGAAGAUGGCAGCAUCAUGGUGCAUUGAGAAAAGGGGUUCUAUAAGGAAGGAUUCUUUUAGAGAUAAUGAUAAUAUACCUGAAACUGGGUGUCUUUCUAUUAUUGUUCUUGGUGCUUCUGGUGAUCUUGCCAAGAAGAAAACUUUUCCUGCACUCUACAACCUCUACCGGCAGGGAUUUCUGCAAUCCAAUGAAGUUCACAUUUUUGGCUAUGCAAGGACCAAAAUUUCUGACGACGAAUUGAGAAGUCGUAUCCGUGGAUAUCUCUCUCAGGAGAAAGAAAAUCACGAAGUAUCAGAGUUUCUGCAACUGAUUAAAUACGUCAGUGGCUCUUAUGAUUCUGGGGAGGGCUUUACUGCACUGGACAAGGCGAUAUCUGAGCAUGAAAUCUCAAAAAAUAGCACAGAAGGAUCAUCCAGAAGACUCUUCUACUUUGCUCUUCCACCAUCAGUAUAUCCCUCAGUUUGCAGAAUGAUAAAAAGUUAUUGUAUGAACAAAUCUGAUCUUGGUGGUUGGACUCGCAUUGUUGUUGAGAAGCCCUUUGGCAAGGAUUUAGCUUCAGCUGAGCAACUAAGUUCCCAAAUAGGAGAACUAUUUGAGGAACCCCAAAUUUACCGCAUUGACCAUUAUUUGGGGAAGGAGUUGGUUCAGAAUUUGUUGGUGCUGCGUUUUGCAAAUCGCUUCUUUUUGCCUCUCUGGAAUCGUGACAACAUUGAUAAUAUACAGAUUGUGUUUAGAGAGGACUUUGGAACUGAAGGUCGCGGUGGAUAUUUUGAUGAAUAUGGGAUUAUACGUGACAUUAUUCAGAACCAUCUAUUGCAGGUCCUUUGCCUUGUCGCGAUGGAGAAGCCUGUUUCGCUGAAGCCUGAACAUAUUCGGGAUGAAAAAGUUAAGGUCCUUCAAUCAAUGCUUCCAAUUAAAGAUGAAGAGGUUGUUCUUGGACAAUAUGAAGGCUAUAAGGAUGACCCAACAGUUCCUGACAACUCAAACACUCCUACUUUUGCAACUAUGGUUUUACGCAUACACAAUGAAAGAUGGGAAGGUGUGCCCUUUAUAAUGAAGGCCGGAAAAGCACUAAAUUCAAGAAAAGCAGAAAUAAGAGUGCAGUUUAAGGAUGUUCCUGGUGAUAUAUUUAAAUGUCAAAAGCAGGGUAGAAACGAGUUUGUCAUACGCCUCCAGCCUUCAGAAGCCAUGUACAUGAAGCUUACGGUCAAGCAGCCUGGACUUGAAAUGUCAGCCGUUCAAAGUGAAUUAGACCUGUCGUAUAGGCAGCGUUACCAAGGGGUUGUCAUUCCAGAGGCUUAUGAACGUCUGAUUCUCGACACAAUAAGAGGGGAUCAACAGCAUUUUGUGCGCAGAGAUGAGCUCAAGGCGGCUUGGGAGAUUUUUACCCCUCUUUUGCAUAGAAUUGACAAUGGAGAGAUGAAGCCAAUUCCAUACAAGCCAGGCAGCAGAGGCCCUGCUGAAGCAGAUGAGUUGUUGCAAAAUGCCGGCUACGUUCAAACUCAUGGCUAUAUAUGGAUCCCUCCCACUCUAUAAAUUUGCAGAAGUAUUGCAGAUUACGUCCUAUUAUCCCUCUAUAGAUGAGUGUUACUUUGUCUUUACCAUGUAUUAUCUGCAAACUCACUGAGAAGUAACAAAUAAUCGGUGUAUCACAAAUAUAUGCUUGCAUGUAAUAAUGUCAUCUUCUUUUAAAGCUAAUAUAUGGGUGUGCCUGAGUAUCCCUUUGGUU